GAAAUAAUCCCUCCCUCCCUUCAACAAGUCCUCGUCACGCAUGCGUGUUGCUCGCUGCCGGAGAAACUGUGUUUUUUUUUCCUCCCCCCCCUUCCCAUUCGCUAUUUCAACUGACGGGAUGUAGUUGCUUCCUUCCUUCCUUCCUUCCUUGUAUCUCCCCCGGCGAUGUGGGUGCGCUUGGAGGAGGCGGCAGCAGCAAGAGCAGCGCUAACAGUCAUCGCAGCGGUCCUGGCACGAGCUCUUGCGUGGGGUUGAACGGCUAGUGCCGUUGGCGUGCGUCAAGAUGGCGUGUGUGCUGGAGACGCCACUCCGCAUGAGUAUCCUGUCGGAAGUUACAGCAAGUAGUCGCCAUUAUGUUGACAGAUUAUUUGAUCCUGAUCCUCAAAAAGUACUUCAGGGUGUCAUAGAUAUGAAAAAUGCUGUAAUUGGAAACAACAAACAAAAAGCCAACUUGAUUGUUUUGGGAGCAGUUCCAAGGUUGCUAUACUUGCUUCAGCAAGAAAACUCCAGCACUGAGCUGAAAACAGAAUGUGCAGUAGUUCUAGGAAGCCUUGCAAUGGGUACAGAAAAUAAUGUUAAAUCUCUACUGGACUGCCAUAUCAUACCAGUCUUAUUGCAAGGGUUACUAUCACCAGAUCUUAAAUUCAUUGAAGCUUGCCUCAGGUGUCUUCGUACUAUUUUCACCAGCCCUGUCACUCCUGAAGAAUUAUUGUAUUCAGAUGCUACAGUUAUUCCCCACCUCAUGGCGCUGCUUAGUAGGUCUCGAUAUACUCAAGAAUAUAUAUGUCAGAUCUUCUCACAUUGCUGCAAACUCCGACACUGGCAUAGCUGCAGCUUUAAAUCCUCACCUCAGCCACUUCUGUGUGCCAAUGGUCCAGACCAUCAGACAGUGCUAUUUAAUCAUGGAGCAGUGCAGAAUAUUGCUCACCUCUUAACCUCUGCAUCUUAUAAAGUUCGAAUGCAAGCACUGAAAUGUUUUGCAGUUCUAGCCUUUGAAAACCCCCAGAUAUCAAUGACUCUUGUAAAUGUGUUGGUCGAUGGAGAACUAUUGCCACAGAUAUUUGUAAAAAUGUUACAAAGAGACAAGCCGAUUGAAAUGCAACUCACAUCAGCCAAAUGCCUUACAUACAUGUGCAGAGCUGGAGCAAUCUGUACAGAUGAUACCUGCAUUGUGUUAAAGACAUUACCAUGUUUGGCACGGAUGUGUAGUAAAGAGAGACUACUAGAGGAGAGAGUAGAUGGAGCAGAAACUCUGGCCUAUUUGAUUGAAACAGAUAUUGAACUACAGAGAAUUGCCAGUAUUACUGACCACCUUAUUGCAAUGCUUGCAGACUACUUCAAAUACCCUAGUUCAGUGAGUGCCAUCACUGAUAUAAAAAGGCUUGACCAUGACUUAAAACAUGCUCAUGAAUUGCGCCAGGCUGCAUUCAAGCUCUAUGCUGCCCUUGGAGCAAAUGAUGAAGAUAUUCGAAAGAAGAUAAUUGAAACCGAAAAUAUGAUGGAUCGGAUUGUAAAUGGCUUAUCUGAGUCUAGCAUCAAAGUGCGCUUAGCUGCAGUCAGAUGUUUGCACAGUUUGUCAAGAUCUGUACAGCAACUACGAACAAGUUUCCAAGAUCAUGCUGUAUGGAAACCCUUAAUGAAGGUAUUACAGAAUGCUCCAGAUGAAAUUUUAGUGGUAGCAUCUUCUACUCUAUGCAAUCUUCUCUUAGAAUUUUCUCCAAGCAAAGAGCCUAUCUUAGAAUCAGGAGCCAUAGAACUUCUCUGUAGUUUAACUCAGAGUGACAAUCUUGCCUUGCGAGUGAAUGGAGUUUGGGCUUUAAUGAAUAUGGCAUUUCAAGCAGAACAGAAGAUCAAAGCAGACAUUUUGCGAGGCUUGAGUACAGAGCAGUUAUUCCAGUUACUCUCUGAUUCUGAUGUAAAUGUACUAAUGAAGACUUUGGGAUUACUUCGGAACCUUUUGUCUACUCGCCCUGUAAGUAAAAAAGUGGAUUUUCAAAAUGAAUAUCUUCAAAAUGAAUAUUUUGAAGAUUAAUUUGCAGGUCUUGUGAAUUUCUUAUUAUUUAUCAUUACAUAUUGGGAGGUGAUAUUCCAGAACUUCAUAUCAACUUUAUUAAGCUGUUGCUUGUCUAAUUUACAGAACAAACAUUCUGUAGAAAUGACAAAGCAGAGUUCUUUUUGAACUCUUGUUGCUACAAAUUAUAAGUUUUGGGACUUGAGAGCUUUCUCUCUGAAAACCAGAACAUCUAUUUUUUACAUUGCAUAAAACAUGUUGCAGAUCAAGGAGUAAUAAAUACAACAGUG